AUGAGUGUUUAUUCUGCAGCAAGUCUUUGUCCAAACUGCAGCUCCUCCGCCCACCCAGAGGUGGAUGUAGCCAAGGCAGUCGUCCUGGGGAUGGUGCUGGUGGUCUUUGUAGUGUUUGGGGUCCUCGGAAACAUCUUGGUCAUCCUGUCUGUGCUGUUCCACCACCACUGGCGCUCUGUGACACAUUACUUCAUUGCCAACCUGGCAGCAGCAGACCUGCUGCUCAGCUCUGCUGUCCUGCCCUUCUCCGCCACCUCGGAGGCUCUCGGCAGGUGGGUGUUUGGCCGGUCUUUCUGCAGCGUGUGGGCUGCCCUGGAUGUCCUCUGUUGCACCGCCUCUAUCCUCAGCCUGUGCGUGAUUUCUAUUGACCGCUACCUGGCUGUCAGCUACCCUCUGCGUUACCCCGCUAUAGCUACCGGACGGCGAGGCCUGACCGCGGUGGCUUCUCUCUGGGGACUCUCAGCAGCUAUAUCUGUUGGCCCUCUAUUCGGCUGGAAAGAGCCUGAUCCAGAGGACGAGACAGUGUGCCGAAUUACAGAGGAGCCUGGCUACGCCUUGUUCUCAGCCUUAGGAUCUUUCUAUAUACCACUGGUCAUCAUCCUGGCCAUGUACUGUCGUGUAUAUACUGUGGCGAAGAGAGAGACCAAAACCCUGAGGAAAGGGAGGAAGGGAAAAGGGGUAGAGAUGGAGGGGGUGAUGCUGAGGAUACACAAAGGGAAUGCUGCUCAGACAGGGAAGCAGGAGGGUGACGAGGGGACCGCAAUGCAUAAACACUCCUCCUUUUCCCUGCCAAGGCUGCUGAAGUUCUCAAGAGAAGAAAAAGCAGCCAAGACUCUUGGCAUUGUCGUUGGAUGCUUCAUUAUGUGCUGGCUGCCUUUUUUCCUGGUCUUGCCCAUCGGAUCCAUCUUCCCAUCCUGUAAGCCUCCUGAAACCAUCUUUAAAAUAACCUUCUGGCUGGGUUACCUCAACAGCUGCAUUAACCCCAUUAUCUACCCGUGCUUUAGCCAGGAGUUCAAGAAAGCCUUUUACAGCGUGCUGCGUGGCCAGUGCCUGAGAACUGCUGUGCCGACUACUUCUCAAACCCUAGGACACAUCACCAUCCACUCCUCCGAUCCAGUCCCAGUGCAAGAACCUGUCACCCUUUCUUCAUGGACUUGCUGUAGAGUGCUGUCGACCUCAUCCUCAUCUGUCGAUGGUGUAGACCAAUCUCAGAGUGCACAAGGCCAGAGUAAGAGUCUUCUGAAGGCAUGGUGUUUCUCAGCAAGUCAAACUUCAGUACCAGAGAAGGCCUCCAACAGAUCUGCUAAGGUCUUACACCUUUCCCUCGGCAUUACAGGAGAGGCUGUUUGA